AUGGCAUCUCCCCUACGGCCUUCGCUUUUACCUCAGUGCUCCUCCUGCGCCCGCCGCGUCGCCAAUCUUGGCCUCGAGCGAUGGCAGCCGACCUACCAGCAAACGCGGAGUAAAAAGACUUCCUCCAAGCAGCCCGACCACAUCGCCGUGAGGCUGCUGAAGGAUGUCAAGUCCUUCGGGCGCGCAGGCGCACUCGUCCCCAUCACCGCCGGCCAGAUGCGCAACAUGUGGUUCCCACGCGGGAUAGCCGACUACGUUACAGCGCCCCAACUCAAAGAACUGCGGGCGCGGAACGUCGCUGUCGAGCGAGACUUCCUGUUCGGCGUCGAGCUCACCAAGAAGAAGAAGGCCGAAGCCGCGGAAGAGGAAGCCCAGGAGGCGAGCCGGCAAUCCGUCAGGGCGGAGGUUGAGUUGCUGUCUCCUCAACGCUCCACCGAGCUCCUAGCUACACUCCUCCCCCCAACCCUCGACUUCUACCGCACCCCGAUCACACCCGACACGUCCUCUCCCUCCCCUGCCACCACCGCACCGUCCGCGCCCACUAGCAUCUACGGCUCCAUCUCAGCACCCGACAUCGCACACGCUAUCAAAGCCAUCCUUAGCACUAACGAAGAGGCGGCGCGUGUGGUAUUGACGGACGGGGACAUCAGGUUCAUGAGUGGGUCUGCAGGGACAGGGCUGGUCGAGGGAGCGGGAGUGGGGAAAGCAGAGGGAGGGAUGACGGUGGACCGCGUGAAGCAGCUUGGAGACUAUGAGAUCGAGAUAUUUGUUAAGGGGGCGAGUGAGGGGGUGAGGAGGACUGUAAGGGUCUUGCCGACCGAGCCGGCGAGGUAG